UCUAAUUUGAUUGAAAUUUCGCAUUCGAUCCUCAGAAUUAAGUUCCCGCGCUCUCUAAUUAUACGCUUCAUUUUUUUUUACGAUUCGAUGCUUGGAUUCUAUUAUUAUGCUGCCCAGUCUCUUAUUACUUGGCCAAAGAUCAGAAAUUUAUCACAAUCUUAUAAGAACCGAGUAAAAAUAUUUUGCAGCGCAUCGUAAAAUACUCAAAUCAGUAAAAUGCGUUCAAAAAAGAUUUUUUUUUUUUUUGGGUGAUGCAGGGCUCAUCAUGUUGAUUCUCUGAGUCCCUCCCAUUCUCGUAAUGAGGUUGAGGGUCGUCUGUAGAAAAUUGUAUGAUUAUGUCCGGUGUGACCUCAAGGAAAUCGCUUUCCCUUCAUCUUUGCCCGACCCUCCGCACUUCAAAAAGCGAAGAAAGCUCACCUGGAAGGAGCGCUGGCUGGUUCUGAAGGAAGCGUCGAGGCUCUACGCGGCCAGUUGGGUUCGGGACAUCGGUCCGGACCUCAGACCGAACGACUACAAGAAGGAUGCGGACGAAGAAGGGGAACCUCGAGGAGGGAACGGUGCGGGCGGCGAAAGGGAGCCCUCGACCCUCGAGGACCUUGCGGUGGCGGCGAGGGGCGGGAUGGAGACGCUGAGGCCCGCCCUGCAGCGUGUUUACAUGACGCGCGCGUCCGCGUACAGGGACGCGCUGCGUAACUUUGUUGCUGGUUAUCAGGAAGGCCUGAAGCAAGUCAUGGAGCGGAAGGAGCGGAAGGAGGGGGAGGAUGAAUCUCAAUCUGAGCGGCAGGAUGGCGUCUUCGGGAAACCGAGAUGAUUCUCGCUUUGGAUGGACUUAUAUGAUUGAUGAUCGAGAUUUGGGGUUCUUCUCAAAUUCCCUUGGUGUGUUUAUAUAUGUGUUGGUGAUGGCCGGUCCAAAAUAUGAAGCCAACUGAGGUUGUUCCUUUUCCUUCAGUGAUGCUUUACACCAUGAGGAUUCUUUUCAUGGAGCACACCGAAAAAUCUCACCAAGGUUCACGAAUUUUUUUUGUUUAUGGUGUUUUUGACAUUUGUAAUGUAAUGAAUUAUCGGGUGAUGGAGCUGCAAGACUUGUAGCUGUGCUUUCAGAUUUUGCUGUAAAAUCUGUAAAAUCUUUCCUUGACAUUGGUUGUUAAAUAUCUAGAUUCACUGAUGUUUUAUUAA